AUGGGUGCUCAAAAAUUUGUGGACAUCCAGGCCCUCAAAGAUUUACACAUAUACAAGGGUGUUCACAAGCUUUUUAAAAACAUAGGAUGGGAGGGUCUUUUGAAUCUUCAUGCAGUUAGUUACCAAACACCGAUGUUGGAACUUUUGUCUUCCAUUUCCUUUGACUAUCAAACCCAUCUCCUAACUUUCCGUCUGCUCAACCAAACCCAUCAAUUUCAUGCUGAUAUCCUUUGCGAUAUGAUUGGUGCUCCUAAAGCAAGAAGGGAUAUAUACACAGCUAAGGGUAGAAAAAAUGUUGUUUUUGAGCAAGACUGUGCAAAUUUUUGGAGAAACAUCUCUUGUGAGUAUGAGUAUCAAUCAGGCACUGCCAAAGCUUCUAGCAUUAUCCAUCCGGUCUUGAAAGUAGCUCACCGGAUCAUUGCUUCUCUCUUAUUCCCUCAAGAAGAGAUUAGCAAGGCUAAUAAAAAAGAGCUAGAAGUCUUGUGGUGUAUGAUUAACAAGCCUGCAGAAGUCCCUCAUUUUGGUUGUUGGGUUAUUCAAAAAAUGCUCAGAAGUGCUACGAGCAAUGGUGGACAGCUACAUUGUGGAGGCAUGGUUUCUAUUAUUGCAGAGCAUCUUGGCCUCCAUCUACCUAAUAACCCAACAAACAUCAUCAUGGGCCGUACUCGUCUAUCAAUUGAUGUUAUGGAAACAAUGCAUCUCUUCCACCGCCUUCCCACUGGGGAUAUUCAUUGGACAGUAGAUGGGAAAGAGUAUCUACGUAUAGACAACAGAAAUAAGAAGAUACUCAAUUUAGCCAAUGAUAUUCCAUCAACUAAUUGGAAACUCAGAUCCAACUUAGGUGUUACAGUAGAUCAUAGUCCUCCAUCCUCUCCUCCUCCUGCUCCUACUGCUGGUGCUUCUAGUUCCUCUCGCCCUAUUCCUUUUUCUGAACAUAAUCUUUAUAUGGGCGAGUUUGCGUUUGAAUCAUCGUUACACCAGUCUACAACAGGAAGUCGGGACAUUUAUACGGGUGUCGCUGAAAUCACUUCUGAUUUUCAGGACUACCGUAACUUACAGGAAGAGCAUUGGGCCCAACAAGAGUUGCGGUGGGCUGAGCAAGAUCAAAGAUGGGCUACUCAAGAGCAGCACAACCGCAACAUUCACCAUCUGCUGAGUGAUAUCCAUAGAGUUCUUGUGCUCCCCACACAGUCGCAGCAGCCAUCAGCAUCCCAACCCCAAUGGCCUCCCUACUAUCCUACAGAUUACCCUUCACAGUUCCCUCCAUAUCCUCCGCCCGGUCCUCAAUAG